CAGAAUGCCUCAAGAAGAUACGAUCAACAAUCUUGACUACAUCCAUUCCCUCAUGGAUGUACCCACCGCCUGCCAACCUCGGAAGUGCUUCACACGGGAAACUACAAUCAGCUGAUUGGAUUAUUUUGGUCACAAUUCAUUUACCUGUGGCGAUGUUUGAAUUACUGCAUUCCUCAAAGAUCAAUCCUGGUGUUGUCUCAAAUGUCCUUCAUCUCUGUAGCUUGACUGAGAUCGUAAUGAGCUAUCAUACAAGUGACCAGAACAUUCAGAAUUACUUCGGUCAUUUAGUAGCUUAUUGAUCUAGUUUGCGGUCGCUUUGCCCCGAUUUGAAACCCACUCCCAAUCAGCAUAUGGCAUUUCAUGUCCCAUUUCAAUUUUACAACUAUGGUCCAUCGGCAUACUUAGCCGCGUGGCAGUUCGAACAAUACAACGGGAUCUUACAAAAGAUUCCAAACAAUUGUAAAAUAUGGGAACUUGAUUUAACAAUGCUUCGACAACUCUGCCGAGCUUCCAAUCUGGCUAUUGCCUUGGACUCUCCGGAUUUCCCAGAAUGCGCUAAGGAAGUAAGCGAACUCCUGAAGGGUGGAAAAAAAUUGUCAUCAAAG